AUGCUUCCUCCACGACCGCCGACCCCACCGCCCGCUUCGCACCCUCCAAGUGCCUCUGCAGCAUCGCCAUCUGCCGAUGGCAUCCCAUACCUCGGCUCGCGCAUCUCGCUCAUCUCGAAGACGGAUAUUCGUUACGAGGGGUUCCUCUUUAACAUCGACACGCGGCAGAGCACGGUCGCGCUCCAGCGCGUGCGUUCGUUCGGUACUGAAGGACGUCGAGCAGCUGCGGAGCACGUGCCCCCGUCUGCGCACGUGCUUCAGUAUGCGACAUUUAAAGCCGCUGAGAUCAAGGACUUGCACGUGUGUGAAGCUGCGCCCGCUGAGCCGCCUCUACCCGUGGCUCCAGUGGCUCCAGUAGCUCCAGCAGUGGCUCCAGUAGCUCCAGCAGUGGCUCCAGUGGCUCGCGUGGCUUCGACGUUAUUGACGCCGGGCUCGGUGUCGAGUCAGCAGAUGGACGUCGCUGAAUCAGAUCUGAGUCGACCUGUCGUAGCGCAUACUUUGCCGGUAUCAGAAAUGAGUCGGUUGUCCGUGACCAAUCAGACGUCAGGAUCCGAUCGCGUACAAAUGGCCAAUCAGAUGGUGGUCUCAGAUCUGAGUCGCCCGUCACCCCAGAUGCUUUCUGAGCCAACUGAAGGCCCUCGACGACAGACGAGGAACAAGUCGCGGACGAUCCCUGGGAUGGGCGGUCAUUUGUUGAACCGCAAAGAGCGACAUGGUCCAGGUGGAGUGGAUGAAACUGGGGCUGGUGGAAGACCUGAGACGGUGUCGGGCGAGUUUAACUUUGAAGCGAAAUUGAAUGAUUUCGACAAGCAGCAGGAGUUCAUCAAGCUGGAAGAAGACACGAAGAAAGAGUCGACGGGUAGUUAUCAGAAAUCGUCAUUUUUUGACACGAUUUCGUGCGAUGCUCUUGAUCGACUGGAAGGGCAGCGAGCGAGGAUGACGGGCGCUCAAGAGAGGACGCUGAACACCGAGACGUUUGGGGCUGUGGGGCUGAACAAUCGACGCAACUUUCGGGGACGUGGACGACGUGGUGGAUACCGGAAUGGAGGCAGUUGGAAUGGCAUUCGUAGCACUGGCGGUGGUCGUGGAGGACGCAGCAGCAACAACAAUAGCAAUAGCAACAACGGUGGAGUUUCGAGGCAGCAGGUUGCUGGCCCGUAA